AUGGCUGUACAUUAUAGUAAAGGUUCAUGUUCAACUACUACUUUGUUGCUAGAAGAACAAGAUGUGGCUGAAGGUGUUGAACGCCUGUCUCCUCUUGUUCUAAACCUUCGGCUCGACUUCAUGCCACCAGUGUUGAUUAAUAACAUUUACUGUCCAAAUAUAAAGUGGUGUACUUUGUCAGGAGCGUAUGGACUGAAAAGGAAAUGCAGAAUCGAGAUAAUGUUUAUAUUAUAUAAACUGAACCUUAAAAAAAUGGCCACGUUCAUUCAAGAAAAACAAAUGGCUGUUUCUAAGGGUGCACAAAAAUCAUCAAUAAUUUCAACCAUGAUGAUGAUAAUUUUUGUAUGCCUAUUAUUUCUCGCUAACUCGAUAAGGGGAAUUGACUUUGAGGUUGCGCCUUAUUACAAAGUAACAACUUUAUUGAGAGAAGCCGAUAAAGUUGAGUGUGUUCGUUUUGGUCCGAAGGGUAUAUAUUAUUCCAAGCCAUACCAAAUAGUUUUAUACUCUUUGGACAGUUCUUCAAUGUAUGUAACUCAAGGAGCUGGCAAUUUUGGCACUGGAGAAAGAGGCGACACUAAUGGUGCUAGAUACUGGCGUGAUAUUACAGGAACAUAUUCAUUAAAAUCCAAGAUUGAUUACCCUUACAAGUUUGCCUUCCAUGCUGGAAGAUCCAAAACUUACUUUGCACUGGCUAAUCAUCAAGUAAAGCUAGACACUGACGAUGUUAUUUCUCCAUUCAUUGGUAAACCAAAUGUAACAGGUAAUGCGGAAGGAGAUCCUACUUCUGAGUGUCUGUUGAAUGAUCCUCAAGGAGUUGACGUUUCAUUUGAUGGUGAUUUUGUGUAUGUGGCUGAUACUGGUAACAAUCUUAUCAAGUAUACUUCAUACAAAGAUGGUGUAUUCGUCAUUAGUAAUCUUGCUGGUACUGGUAACACAACAAGUUUAGUUGACGGUGUCAAUGCUUUACAGGUUGACCUUAAUAGACCUGUUUCUGUAAGGUUUUCCAAAAAAACAGGUGAGAUUUAUAUUGCAGAAAAGGGAAAUCAUGUUAUUAGAAAAGUUAGAAAAGACAAUAUUGCUUCUGUAGCGGUUGGUUCAAUUGGUAUCUCAGGUUAUAACGGAGAUUUUAAGAGUUCUUUGGAUUCAUUUUUGAGUGAACCAAGUGAUAUUGCGAUUUCCACUAGUGGUGUUAUAUAUAUUGCUGAUUCUGGUAAUAAUCGAGUCAGAAAAGUUUAUCAAAAUGGAACAAUAACAACUGUAUGCGGAAAUGGAAUGAACAUGUAUGGAGGCGAUUCACUUGAUUCUAGAAGAACAGCAAUAGGAGGUGUAAAUUCUGUUGAUGUUAAUGAAAAUGGAGAAUUAGUUAUUUCUCACAUGAAUUAUAUUCGUAAAUUGACUCCUAUUUGUUAUAAUGGUUAUGUAUUCAAUUCUGAAACUCAUUUGUGUAAUCCGUAUUUCCAGUGUUUUGGAAAGAAACAUACUGAACCAUAUGUGUGCUCUGGAAGAGGAUCUUGUAUUAACCAUAAUUGUAUUUGCAAAGAAGGAUUUGAAGGAGAAAAAUGUGAAACUAUAUCAAAGGUUUUCAAUGUGAAACGAUUGUUGGUUUCUGGAGAAGUAACAAAUCUACCACCAUCAAUUUUAGCAGCAAAUAUGAAACAUCUUCAAGUGAGCAAUACUGGCGACAUGAUUGUCCUUACACAAGAUGGAAUCCUUGGAAGACUUGUUGGAAACUCACUGGUUAAAGUUUCUCAAUCUAGUCUGGCAUUGUUCUACCUGGAAGAAGAUGGUUCAAUACUUACAACAUCUACUACUUCAAUUAUCAAGAUUGGUAUUGAUGGAGCUAUAUUAUCUCUUGUAAAAACAACUAAUUUCUAUGAUGUAGAUGGCGUCUCACCAACAAAUAUUAAUAUUGGCGCAUUUAGUUGUAUUACACAAGAUCAAGUUUCAAAAGUCUACUAUGUUACAGAAUAUUACUCAAAUGUUUUUGCAAAAGUUGAAAAUGGGAAGUUAGCUUUACUGAUUAGUAAUACAAAAGGAUUUGCAGAUGGCUUAAAAAAUGUUGCCAGAUCUACCUCUCCUAAAUUUGUUUAUGCAUAUGGAGGCACAGUCAUAUUUUCAGAUUAUAACAGAAUAAGAAUGUGGAAAGAUUACACAACCACAACAAUUGCAGGUAAUGGUAUCGAAGGAUACAACGGAAAUAAUGUACCAAAAUUGGCCUGUUCUUUUGGUGAAAUUGUUGGGUUUCAUGUAGUUAGAAAAUCAGCAACAGUGUUUUGGAUUUACGUUUCUGACAGUUAUUCUAGAACAAUCAGAUUAAUCAAAACCAAUGAAAAUAAUGUAACUAUAAUUGCUGGAUCCCCUGGGACCGGCAAAUACAUGAAUUUUGAGGAUAACCCCAAGAAGGCCAUUUUUUCAUUACCUAUUGGUUUAUCGAUGGUCAAUGACACUUUAUAUUUCAUUGACCAAGGAAGUAGUAGAAUUAUGAGUCUUUCACCUGAUGGUACUAAACUGACAACCAUUGCAGGCGGAAGAGGUGUUUUAAACGUUGGAGAAAAUCUAGACCAACGGUUUUCUUAUUUUGGUCCAUCCCCUACAGGAAUUUAUCUUAAAGAAUCACCAACAAGGGAAUUAUUAAUUAGUGAUAGUAAUAUUGGCAGAAUAAGAAAAAGCAUUUUUGAAAACAAUCUUUGGGGUAAUGUGACUACACUUGCUGGUACUUCAACCAGUGAAUUGCCAGUUGAUAAAGGAAUGGAUGGUGACUGUUUAACUUGCGCCUUCCUAAGACCUUCAAAAAUACGAUUCGGGGGAAAUGAAACUCUACUUGUAUCAGAAUCGAUUAAUACUGUCAAACUUAUCAAUGUUGGGCAGGGAUCAGUUAGAACACUUGUUGGAACUCCUUACACUAAUCCUCUACAAAAUCCAUCUCUUGUAACUGUCAAUACGUCAGCAAUAGGAUUCCAGAUAGAUGGGUUACGGGAUGCUAUUCUUGUUGGAGAUGAACUGGUUUUUGCUGAAAAAUCCAGAAUUCUUAAGGUCAAUUCACAAGGUUUAAUAGAAAUUGUUGCUGGUGAUGGAAAUGGUUAUUCAUGUAAUUUUGGUAAUUACAUGUCGGCCAAAAUGGCAAAGUUUGGCAAUAAUGCUGUGGGAACAAAAUUGGUAACCUCUCUCGAUUAUUACGAUGGAGAGAUUUAUAUUUUAGAAGAAUACGCUCUCAGAAAAGUUAAUUCCAAAGGAAUAAUGAUACCAAUAAUUAGUGGGCAAGGAACAACGUCUUGGUCGAAUGGAGUUAGAAAAUUGCCAUUACAAGAUGCAUCAAUUCCUGCAUGUAGUUUUAUGAAAGUUGUUAAUGAAAAUGAGAUUUAUAUUCUCAGUACUGCAGGACAGUUGUAUAUUGUAAGAAAUGGAACUGUUGAGAGACCUAUUAUAACUAAAGAUUUAUCUUUUAUGGGCCCAGUAUAUUCCCAAUUCUAUAGCACAAGCGAUGGAGAAUUUUACAUGUUGACUGCAAAUACGGUUGAAUUAGGUAAAAUGAGUUGUCCUUCAUUUUCCAAACAAAAUGAAAAUGAUACAUGUGAAAAUAUGAUAACUUGUUUUGGUUUAAAGUCAACAGAUCAAAAUGUUUGUUCAACGAAUGGUAAAUGUUCAGCUUUGGAUACAUGUAUCUGUAAUUUUGGUUGGAGUGGUGUUAAAUGUAAUGAAUCAACUGCUCAAUUGGUGAUUCAAAGCCUGAACCCAAACAGAGUUACCACUGAUGAUGGACUUGAUAUUGGUUUCAAAACCUCCUCUUCUCCAUUGACAAAUUUAAAAGUUGAUACAAAAACAGGAAUUGUUUAUUUGCUUUCUGGAGGAAAAACCAUUUCUCUCAACGGCAAAACAAAUGAUUGGGUUAGAUCCAGUGAUACAACAUCAAAAUCUAUGAUUAUUUCUAAAACAACAGGUUACUUCUAUUUUUUAAGAGAAUCUUGCAUCUACCAAAGGGGAGCAACUCCUUAUCCAUAUUAUUAUUCUGGAAAUUGCUACACUAAGGGUUCAGUUCUUGGAACUAUUUCAACCGCAUCAUAUAACAACUUGGAAGAUGGUGACUCUGGGGAGGAUGGUAGUUUGUAUAUAGUUGAUAGUGGAAAUCACGUUGUAAGAUUAAUAUCAGAAGGAGUAAUGUCAACCUUUUGUGGUAGUUUUGGUGUUUCUGGUUUAUUUAUCAACUCUAAUUCCUCAACCAAAACUUUUUUGAAAUCACCAAGGGCCAUCAAAGUCACCUCAAACGGGGUUUACAUUGCUGAUAGUGGAAAUUACAGAAUUCUUUUUAUUGAUAAAUCUGGACAUGUCCAAAAAAUUGCAGGGUCAUCAAAUGGUACAUCAAAUGGGGAUGGAAAAGCAACUCUGACAAAUAUUUUCCCUUCUAAUUCAUUGGAUUAUUCAGAGAGUCGCCAAGAACUGUACUUUAUAGAUAAUAAUAGAGAUGAGAUGAAUUCAGGGAGUGUAAAAGUAAGAAAGAUUACCAAAGAUGGAUAUGUUGAAACGUUGUUUGGUUAUUACGAGAGGGAUCCAUAUUCAAACUUAACAGUUCCAAUGACCAUCACACUGGAAAAGGAUACCAGUUUCUAUGCAGCAAAUUCUUUGGCUGUUUCAGGUGAUUACUUGUAUUUAACAUUUGAUUCUGUGAAAUUGAUUGCAAAAGUUUCACUUUCCACAAAUACCUUGUAUGUGGUUUCCAAAAUAGGUUCAGUCCUGAAUGGUGAUGGCUUUCAUGUCGGUUUUACCACCUUCCAACACCCAAGUGCACCAUAUUUCCAUAGUAUUACUCGUACUUUGUAUUGGGUUGAAAUGUCCUCAAUAAGAAUGAUGAGAGAUAACAAAGUUUACACCGUGGUUGGCCUUAAUUCAAACAUUCCUUCCUUUGGAAAGAUGAAACCAUUGUGGAAAGAUAUUUCUCCAAAAGGAAUUGCACUUUCAUCAACUGGAGAGUUAUAUUUUUCUGAUGGACAGCAUGUCAUUUAUAAGAUUCUAAAUUCAAGAUCUGAUAUUGAAAUUGUUUGGGGAAAGAAAGGUGUUUAUGGAAGUGCUGACACUCUUCUAGAAAAUCCAACUGCUAUUUUUAUUAAUUCCAAAGAUGAACUGUAUAUUGCUGAUUCAUACAGAAUAAUCAAGUUUGACAUCACCUCCAAGAAAAUUACUAAAAUAGUGAGUAAGAGUGAUGUAUAUUUUGGUAUAUGUUCAUCAGUGAUAGAACUUUCAACAGGAGAAAUAGUCUAUGUGGAUUCUUAUUUUAAAAAAGUUAGAAUGAUUCUCAACAAUGGUACAAAUAUUAUAAUCGCUGGUGGUGGUUUAAAAACAGGUGUUUCGAAUGGUGAUCUUGCAACAAAACUACUUUUCACCACUCCUGUUUCAGUUCAAGAAAUCAACACAGGAGUAUUACUUUUGCUGGAGCAAAACUCUUUGAUCAAGAUGACUUGGUCUCCAUCUAGAAAUGGUUAUAUUUGUUCAAUAAUUGCUGGAAAGGGCUUAUAUAGUAUGACUGCCUCAGGAAAUGGUGGUCUUGCGAUAAAUGCUGUUAUCUAUAAUUUUGCUAUGAGUUACAAUACAUUUACGAAAGAGGUUUAUCUUCUUGACAAUGUUGAGUCAAGAAUUAUCACUCCGUACUGUCCAGAAGGGUUCACUUUUAAUAUUUCAAAUGAGACAUGUCAGCCAGUUGAUAUGUGUUUUGGUUUUAAUUCAAAUGACAACAGAGCGUGUUCUGGAAGAGGUGAGUGCGUUGGUCUUGAUGCAUGUAAUUGUUUUGGAGGUUACAGUGGAAUCAAGUGUGAAAUAAUGUGUCACAAAACAUGUGAAGGAACUGUUGUGGACGCAUCAUUCAUGUUAACGGAAUUCUCAACUGAUUUUAGCAAACCUGGCAAUUUGGUGGUAGAUUCUGAGUACAUUUAUGUUUCUGAUUCUGAAGACAAUGUAGUUAAACGUUUUGAUAAGGGUGGAUAUUCUUCAAUUUAUUGUGGAAUUGAAGGACAAAGUGGCAACCAAGGAAAUGGUUUACCAGGAACUGAAGCCACACUAAAUUCACCUCUAGGUUUAAGUGUAUACAAUAAUGAACUAUUUAUUGCUGAUUUUAACAAUAGUGUCAUCAGAAAGGUUGACGCUUUUGGGUUUGUUGAUGUUGCAUUCAAUACAACAGAAAAACCUCUCAACAUUAUUGCCAGGGGCGAAAACGUAUUUUACUAUACAGAUUCCACUUCAUUGUACAUGAUUAACCAAUCAGUUAUUAGUACCAUUGCAACAGGAUUUGAUAGUCCUUAUGGAUUGUUCUAUUAUUCAAAUACGUCCAACAUGGAGGAAAGUUUACUAGUUGCAGAUACCAAUAAUAACUCAAUCAAGAAGGUAUCUCUCUCUGAUAGACAAGUUACCAUAAUUCUUUCUAAUUUGAAUUCUCCUAAAGGACUAUUCAUUGAUUCUUUUGGUGAUCUUUAUAUUGCUGACAGUGGAUCAAACCAAAUUUUAAAGUAUUCAGGAGGUGUUUUGAAGGUAAUUGCAGGAACAUCCAAUUCCUCAAUGAAUGGUACAGAUGGUGCAAUCAAUUCACUUCAAGCAAUUCUGCACUCUCCUAGUGAUCUUAUUGUAACAGAUGAAGGAAUUAUUUAUUUCACCGAUUCACAAGGAUAUGCCGUGAAAACUCUCACUCCUGUUUGUGAUAAAAUUUCCAUGUAUGAUCCAAUUUUAAGAAAGUGUUUCCGACCUCUACUUUGUUUCAAUUUUGGUAUUGAUGAUAAGAGAGCUUGUAGCUCUAAUGGUCAAUGUGUUGCAGAGAAUACCUGUAAUUGUAAUGAUAAUUGGGGAGGGGAUGAUUGUUCCAUUCCAUCAUGUUUCAACAUUUCUGCUUCAAGUACCACUACGGUUUGUUCUGGACAUGGUUUGUGUAUUGAUCAUAAUACUUGUCGAUGUGAUACUGGUUGGUCUGGUGCUGACUGUUCAAUUGCAUCAUGUUAUGGUAUCAAGGGUGAUAACAGUUCAGUAUGUUACGGAAAUGGCCAGUGUGUCGGUUUUAAUCAAUGUUCUUGUAAUAAUGGAUGGUCUGAUUUCGAUUGUUUGACACCUUCGUGCUUUGGCUUGACCUAUGAUUUGGAUUCUUCAUGUUCUGGAAAUGGCAAAUGUAUUUCUAAUGAUACUUGUGAAUGUUAUUUAGGUUAUCAAGGUCCUGAUUGCUCUACAGUGUCAGUCGAUCCAUUCCAAGUAUACAAUCCAGUACUAACUGUUAAGACUAUUGGUUCUUUGAACAAACCAAAAGGAGUUACAGUAUCUUCGAGUGGUGAUAUUUAUUUCAGCGAUACUAGCAACAAUAAGUUGAAGAAGAUAUUACAAUCUGAUUGGUCUGUAUCUCUUAUUGCUGGAACUGGUACUGGUUCGUUUUCAGGUGAUGGAUCUUCACCAACAGCAGCCACUAUUAAUAAUCCUAUUGGUUUGGAUAUUACAGAAAACGGAGAAGUUUAUUUUGCUGAUUCAAAUAACAAUAGAGUUAGAAAAUGUAGUUAUGAUGGUAAAUUAAUCUCGACAGUGGUCCAAGUUACAUCUCCUCAACAAGUCAAAAUUGACGAAUACAAUAAUCGAUUGUGGAUUGUUGCUUCUGGAGGAGUUUACAUGUAUGAUUUGAAUAUUGCAAAUAUGACCCUUGUAUACAGUAAUGAUCUCAAUACUCCAUUCGGAAUUGAUAUUGGAUAUCAAGGUAAAAUAGUGUACAUUACAGACAAAUCAAAUCAUGUUAUUAGAAAGCUCGCAAAAAGAGGUAAUUCAUAUGUUCAAUCUAUUUAUUUUGGAAGUAAGGGAGUAACUGGAACCUACUCAUCAACAUCUAAUAUGAAUAACCCAAUGGGUAUAUCAGUAACUAAUGGUAAUAGUAUUAUAUUUUCUGAUUCCUCUAAUCAUGUAAUUAAACUGAUUUCUCAUGGAGUUAACAAGACAACAUCAGUUAUUGUUGGUACUGGAUCUUCAUCAGGUUAUUCAGCAACAGAAACUAAACCUCUUUCCAUGGCUCUAAAUACUCCCGGUGAUGUAUUUGUGAAUGAGAAAGGAAUUUAUAUUGCUGAUACCAAUGACAACGCCAUUAGAAUUAUUAAGAUUUCAUGUCCAUACACUAACUAUGUUUUCAAUUAUUAUACUUCCAAGUGUGAAUUUGAUACCAGAAUUUCUUGUAAUAAGAUUUCAUUUUCUUCACCAAAUGUUUGUAAUGGUAAAGGUGUUUGUUAUGGAGUUGAUAAAUGCAACUGUACAAGUGGGUGGAAUGGUACUUUUUGUGAAAUACCUAUUUGUUUUGGAGUGUCCAAUCCAAAACUAGCUUGUAGUUCAAAUGGUCAAUGUAUUUCUAACAAUACUUGUUCCUGUAAUGAUGGUUGGUUUGGAUCUAUUUGUCAAAAUCCAUCUUGUUUUGGAAUUUCAUAUAAUGAUUCAAAUACCUGUUCUGGAAAUGGUCAAUGUAUUGCAAAUAAUACUUGCUCGUGUGAUAAUUUUUACGAAGGCAAAAAUUGUUCUCUUCCAAAAUGUUUUGGUAUUAAUUCAGACAGCUCAUUGGUUUGUAGUGGAAAUGGUUUAUGCGUUAGCCCAGAUACAUGUAAUUGUACUAGCGGUUAUUUUGGAAAUGAUUGUUUUUACACAAAUUGUUUUGGAAUAUUGUCAGGAGAAACUACUGUAUGUUCCUCAAAAGGAAACUGUACUGCUCCAAAUACUUGUUUUUGUGAAAAAGGGUAUUAUGGGAAUCAGUGUCAAAACUUUACUUGUUUUGGAAUUGACUCAUUCAGCCCCAAUGCUUGCUCAUCUCGUGGAAGUUGUAUUGACAUCGAUAAAUGUAAAUGUGGAGAUGAUUUUUAUGGUUCUAAUUGCACAGGGUUUGAUUGCUUUGGUUAUCCAUCAACUAAUCCAAAUACUUGUUCUGGUAAGGGUGAUUGUUUAAAUCCAAACACUUGUAUCUGUAAUGAUGGUUAUGCAGGUGAAAGGUGUGAAAUUGCUCGUUGUUUUGGAGUUUAUGGAAAUGAAUCAAACGUAUGUGAUUCACAUGGUGAGUGUGUAUCCUUAGAUAACUGUACAUGUACAUCACUUCAUCAUUAUGGAGAUAAUUGCGAUAGAUUUGAUUGUUUUGGAAUUGAGAGUAGCAAUUCAAGUGUUUGCUCUUCCCAUGGAAAUUGUACUUUCCUUGAUAUUUGUAAUUGUUCGAAAGGUUACGAAGGUUUAUCAUGUUCUGAAUUCAAUUGUUUUGGAAAAAAGCCAAUCGCUUCUGAUAUUUGUUCUGGAAAUGGCAUUUGUACUGGUCCAAAUAUAUGUAAUUGCAAAGAUGGGUAUUUUGGAGAUGAUUGUCAGAUAACCAAUUGUUAUGGAAUUCAUAGUAAUGAGUCUAGUGUAUGUUCAUCAAAUGGUAGAUGUAUUUCUUUAGAUUCUUGCUCUUGCUCUUUUGGAUAUUAUGGAGAGAUGUGUCAAGAAUAUGAUUGUUUUGGAAUGAAACACUCAAAUACAAGUGUUUGUUCACAACAUGGAACAUGUCAUUCUCCAAAUAAUUGCACUUGUAAUGAUGGAUAUCAUGGUGCAGACUGUGAUAGAUUCAAUUGUUUUGGAGUUUCUUCUUUCAAUAGUUCAGUAUGUUCAUCAAGAGGUUACUGCAAAUUACCAAAUGUCUGUUCUUGCACUGGAACUUUUUAUGGUGAAAAUUGUGAACAAUAUGACUGUUUUGGAAUCAAUUAUCAAAACUCAAAUGUUUGUUCCUCACACGGUAAAUGUAUUGGGGCUGAUGCUUGUCAGUGUUAUGAUGGAUAUAUAUCUAGUAAUUGUUCUGUUCCUCUUUGCUUUGGUAUUUCAGCUCUUAACUCGUCAGUUUGUAGAGGACAUGGUUAUUGUACUUCACCUAAUAAGUGUGACUGCAUUUCGAAUCAAGAUACAAAGUUUGAUGGACAGGAAUGUCAAAAUCAUUUCUGUAAGGAAUACGAUGGAACCUUAAUAAGGUUUAACAAUAAUUCAGUUUGUAGUGGUUCUGGAGUUUGUAAGUUAAAUCGAGUCAUGAAGAGAAGCGAAUGUGUAUGUAGUGAAAAUUAUGGAGGAGAGUCUUGUGAAAUGCCAAAAUGUUUCGGUAUUUUACAAAAUGAGACAAGUGCUUGUAACAACAAUGGAUUUUGUUCAAGUGUAGAUACUUGUGAAUGUCAUCAUAAUGAUUUUUUUGGAUAUUGGAAGGGUUCUAAUUGUACACAAUGCCAAGUUCCAUAUUCUGGAUCCAAAUGUAAUGUUAUUAAGGAGUGCAAUGCUUCUGUCUGUCAUAACAAUGGUAUUUGUGACGAGUACAUGACUUGCAUUUGUAAUUCUAAUCAAACACAUGGUUUCUGGAAUGCAGAAUUUUGUAACGUUUGUCAAGAAGGUUAUUAUGGAAAGGAGUGUUCCACGCAAAUGCUUGGCCCUCUUAAAUUAAGUGGAGAGGCAUCAUCCAUGACAUUCAAGAUGAAUGCUCCAAUUUCAUUUUCAAAGACAAGUGUUAACUGUACAAGAUUUUUGAGGGAAGAUUCUUAUGAAACUGUUGGAGGAUUGCAAUCUAUUUGUUCUUGGAAUAAUAGUAUGAUGAAAGUGACAUUUGGUGCUUCAUUUGAUGUUAAAUCAGGUAGAAUUAUUUAUUUGAAUAGAUUGGUCUUUGAUGAGAGCGGAUAUGAUUACGAACCGAUCAAAUUGGAAUAUCCAGAUACACCAAUCCUUCCUACUGCCAUUGUCGAAUCAAACAAAUUAGUUGGAUCUUGCGACAGUAUUAUAAUUGAUGGAAGUAAGAGUUACUCUCCUGAUUCUAAACCUCUUUCAUUUUCUUGGAAAGUUGUUAAUUCUCCAAAUAUUAAUAGUUUGCAACACAUUGUACAAUCACAAACAAGAUCUAUUCUUUCCAUUGAUAGUAGCAAUUGCUCUACAGGUGUUCACAUUUUCGAGCUGAUUGUAAAGAGUUCUAUAUUAGAAUUACAAAGUAUUCCACUAACAAUUUCCAUCACUAAGGCAGAAAUUCCUCUACCAACUAUUUCCAUAGAUGCACAAGCCUCCCCUCUCACAACUUCAAAGUUACCAUACAAGAUAAUGAAAAGUACUGUUUUGCCUGAUUGUGCUCAAUCUUUGAGUAUGAUAUAUAAUUGGAAGCUGGUGAGCGGUAGAAACGAUAUUGUUUUUGAGAUGGAUCAAUUUAAUAAUUUAGUAAUUAUCAAUUACUUCCUGGAAGAUUCAAGUUAUGAAUUUGAAUGUAGUGUAUUUGUGGAAGGACAUGCAGAAAAUAUUAUUACUUCAAAAGUUUCCUUUAGUACCAAGAUUAGUCCUUUAUCUUCUGAAAUCAGACUUGUUGAAUUAUCAACCAAUUAUACUAUUAUUCAAUUAUUGUUCAGGGAUCCAGAAAUUGUUAAUGAAGAGGUUAAUGUUGAAUGGGAGUGUAUUGAUUUGGACACCAAACUGAAUUGUUCAUCGUCACUUCUUUCCCAUCUUUCAACUUUACCUCUUAACUCUGAAUUUUUAAUAUCUGGAAGUUUGUUAUCAAAUUACAACAACAUAUCCUUGAAAUCUACUAUCAAGAAGGGAAAGAGAAUUUCCAAUAGUGAACUCGUAGUAACCAUUCCUCAAAAAACACUCCCUCCAAUUAUUUCACCUGUUUAUCUGUCGCCAAGUAAUUUAGCUCUAGGAUCGAGUAUUAAUCUUCAAUUUGGUGUAACUAUCGAUGGAAGUGAUGACAUUAGUUCAGCUAUUAGUAGAAAAUGGACUCUCAACAAUGUUGUUAUUGAAAAAUCAGAUAGUAUGAGACUGGAUCCAUCUGAAUCCAACUCCUUAAUAUUAGCAACUAAUUCUUUUACAGAAGGGGCCACAUACAAGAUUGAUUUCAAAGUGACUGACCAAAGAAAUAAUCAAUUUUCAAUCUAUUCCUAUUCUUUUUCAAUCAAGAUUUCUCCAAAGUGUACAUGUACAAUUAGUCCAUCAUCUGGUUAUGCUCUCCAAACUCUUUUUACAUUUGCAUGUACUGAUUGUAAAAAUAAUCAAGGACCUUUAUCGUUCGAAUAUGGCUUCAUAGAUAGUCGUUACCAAACUAGAGUAACCUUAUCAAAGAGUUCUAAAUAUUCGGCCGUUCUCCCAUCCUCUUAUCAAGGAAAUACAUUGAAUCUGUAUGCUGUUGUUAGUGACUCUGUAAGUCAAUCAUCAAGUUAUUUGAGUGCAGAAGUUCUUGUACCUGUCAUUGGUUCACUAGCUGAAGCAAAGAAGAAACAACUUCAAUGGAAAACAACAGGUUCCUCACUCAAAGAUGGUGAUUAUAUGAAGAGUGUGUAUAGCAAUGAUGUUAUGACAAGUACUUUCACAAAGAUGAUUGCCUCUUUACUAUCAGCAAGAUCUGUUUGUAACGGAAAAGGAGUUCUAAAUAAUGGAAAAUGUCAAUGUGAUAAUGGGUAUUCUUCAUUUGAUUGUAGAUAUACCACUUCUGAUUAUGUAUCCAUUCAAGAGAGUGUAUUUGAUUUAUCUAACGAUUUUAAAGAAACAUUUGGUGUUUAUCUAGAUUCCAAAGAUAUUCUAAGCGAAAAGUUUGUUGCCAAUAUUAUUUUCGGACUUGAAACUUUGACAAAUCGUUUUGAUUUCUUGAAUGAGACAUCUUUUGACAUUAUCUUAUCAAUUGUUGAUCAUUUAUUGGAAGAACACGAAAAGUAUUCAUCAGUUCAAACAUCCAAUGGUGUAGAUACGCUCUUACUCGAUAUUUUGGAUCAUUUAUAUUCUUUUACAGAAUAUUAUGAGAUUAAGGAACAAUUAAUGAGCAAAUUAAUUGAAAUUUCCCAAAGACUCUCUUCACUUGAAUCAAGAAAAAUAUUGGUCGGCCAACCUCCUUUAAUUCUUUCCAAUCAAUUACAAACUUCAAUUACCAACAAACAUUUUAGAGAGGAAUAUUCAGGACUAGUAAUUAGAUAUAAUAAUUAUUCUACUAUACUACCAGAGUCUUUCUCAAAGCAUCUAUCCAAUCAGCCAAAGAGAGUACCAGUUACUUACAGUUGGUUUGCUCUUAAAGAUCUUUCACAAUUCAUAUUACCAGGAAAUGCAUCAAGAAUUAUCUCAAAAUAUGUUGUGAAAUUCACAUUGGAAAAGGUUAAAUAUUUGGAAUUAUUGAAAGAACCUGUGAAAUUUGAAAUACCACUCAUUGAACCAAUAGACAUGAAUUCUAAUAAGUAUUCCUGUAUUGACUUUUCCAACAUGACAAUGCCAGUGGAAAGUGAGUGCCAAUUUAAAGUGGAAAAUGGAAUAGCCUCUUGUUCUUGCUUAAACUACUCAAGUACCGUUGGAAUAACAUUCUUUGAACGCAGUCGAAGAGCUCCAUCAAUUCUUGCAGUUAAAACUGCACCACUUUGGGAAUUAUUCUCUCUACUCACAAUUCCAUUUGCAAUAAUUUUGGUUGGUUGUGCAUUCACAAUUAAAACGAUUUUUAACAGAAAAAUCAGCCUUGACAAUAAUCAAUUCGAAUUGAGAAACGUGGACAGCAUGAUUGUGACGGAAUCAGCUUAA